GUCAGAGUUUGAUCAGGGAAACUGCUGCAGAUUCAUCAACAACAGAGAAAGAUUAAAAGAUGGAGUCUACAGGAAAUAAAUGUCUCAAGACAACGAUGGAGACGACCACAAUCUUCAACUAUGAAAACGUUACCAACCUUACAGAUGUCUCUGACAACCUUGUCACUGUGAGACAGUCUCUCCGCAUCAUGUCUCUCAUUGUUUACUGCCUGGCCUUUGUUCUCGGUGUGUUCGGGAAUGGWGUGGUUAUCUGGGUGACCGGGUUCAAGAUGAAGAAAACAGUUAACACAGUUUGGUUCCUCAACCUCGCUGUGGCCGACUUCCUCUUCACGGCGUUUCUGCCACUGGGUGUGACGUACCUGAUUCUGAAUAAUCACUGGCCUUUUGGCAACUUCAUGUGCAAACUCUAUGCCCUUGUAAGCUCCUUGAACAUGUUUGCCAGUGUGUACAUCCUGGUGGUGAUCAGCGUGGACAGAUGUGUGUCUGUGCUAUGGCCUGUCUGGGCCAAAAACCACCGAAGUGUACGAAUGGCGUCCUGGAUGAUUGUGGGUGUUUGGAUACUGGCUCUGAUUCACAGUGUUCCAUACUUCAUCUUCAGGGACACUGUAUACUUUGAUGAAGGCAAAACCAUCUGCUUCAACAACUUUGCUCUUUCUGAUGACUAUGAAACACCAUCUGUGAUUGAGCUGCGACAGUUUCGACAUCGGACCAUGACCAUCAGUCGCUUCCUCCUCGGAUUUGUCGUCCCCUUCACUGUCAUCGUCUCCUGCUAUUCGGUGAUCAUCCAUCGUCUCAGGAGGAACCGCACCCUGGCCAGCCAAUCAAGCCGCCCCUUCAAGAUUAUCGCUGCCGUCAUCACCACUUUCUUCCUGUGCUGGGCACCGUUUCACAUCAUGGUUAUUAUUGAGUUGGUUCAUUUCUCAAGUACUCAUCAAAGUGUUGAAUUGGGCCAUGUCCUCACUAUUGGUGUCCCUAUAGCCACCAGCCUGGCCUUUCUCAACAGCUGCCUGAACCCACUCCUCUAUGUGUUUAUGGUCAAAGAUUUUAAGGAAAAAGUCCGCAAGUCCUUCCUGAACGUGUUGGAGACUGCCUUCCAGGAGGACGAGACACACUCUCAGACUGACACAAAGUCAACAGACAGUCAUUACAAAGAUGAGCUGGCUGGUAAUACAGAAGUAUAAGGCUUUACAAAACAUAAAGGCCUUUUUCAGAUAUGAACUCCAAACAUUUCUGAAAAAUUGGAGUUUGCCUUUCACUUUAAGAUCACUGCAGGAGAUUUUGUGGGUCAGACACGUUCAGAAUAACAGGAACAUGUCCAGGACAUUCAUUUGAAGGGUGGAACCUGGAUAUAGAAAUGAAGAAGGACGAAUAUUGCUGCAAAAAUCACAUGUUUACCCUUGUAGCAAGGUUUAUCGAAAGUUAAUUUCCCAACUUCCCCCUCAUACCCAACCCAAACCACUGAUGCUGUUAUGUUUAUGUGUACAUGAUCAAAUUGGGUAAAUUGUGU